AUGGCAAAAGACGACAAGAAAAACGAAUGGCAAGACUUCAUCUGGAACCCGAGAACCCGCGAGUUUUGCGGGAGGACUGGCAGCAGCUGGGGUCUGAUAUUUUUGUUCUAUGUGGCCUUUUACACAUUCCUGGCUGGAAUGUUCAGUCUCACCAUGUACGUCAUGCUCCUGACUCUCGACGACAACGUGCCCACCUACCAGGACAGACUCACUACACCAGGAAUGAUGAUCAGGCCUGAGGGAGAGGAUCUGGAGAUCUUGUACACUAAGGAGAACACAGAGAGCUGGGACAUGCAUGUGCAGGCUCUCAACCGCUUCCUCUCCUCCUACAAUGACUCGGUGCAGGUGCAGAUGAACCAGGAGUGCGUCCCGGACCGCUACUUCCUGCAGGACACCGCAGGCAUGAAGAACAAGCCCAAGCGCUCAUGCCAGUUCAAGCGCUCCACCCUCGGUGACUGCUCGGGCCUCGCAGACCGUUACUACGGUUACAACGAGGGCAAGCCCUGUGUGAUCAUAAAGAUGAACCGCGUGAUCGGUAUGUUGCCAGGGAAGAAUAACCAGGCACCUUCUGUUACUUGUGUUUCCAAGACUGAGGACACACACAAGAUGGGGGAGUUGGAAUAUUUCCCCCCAAAUGGCACCUUCAAUCUAAUGUACUACCCAUACUAUGGAAAAAAAGCUCAGGCAAAUUAUUCACAACCCCUUGUGGCUGUCAAGUUCCUCAACAUCACCCUGAACACCGACAUCAAUGUGGAGUGCAAGCUCAUGGCCAACAACAUCCUGGCCGGCUCCGAUCGAGACAAGUUCGCUGGCCGCGUUUCCUUCAAGCUGAGGGUCGACUCAAUAAACUAGUCUUGGAGGAAAUGUGUUACCUCUGCACACACACACACACACGCUUUAUAUUCACAAAUACUUGCCCAUCACACCUUUCCUUCCACCAGAAGGUCUCACAGACACACACCAAAACACACACCAGAAACAACACUGAUCAGCUGGGGAAGAACAAAACAGCGUGUCCAUAGCGUGUCCAUAGCUUUGCACAUGUAUUUCACAAACCUCUGUAUUUUCUCUAAAAUGGAAACCUGAGAAAUAUAUCUAUACUGCAUGAUCUUGAACUAUUACCCUGUAAAGCAGGGUGGUUUGUCAGCGGUUAGACUAGGGCAGCGUGGGACAUAUCAGGCCAGUCACGACUGUGAGCGUGGACAAACUACAUCUGACACCGCCCCCUUAGGCAGCUCGGUCAAAGCAGGCGCGCUUGUGUGCGUGUGAGAGGGGUGUUUGUAACUUCUGCUACGUGUUUGCAUUAGUAAAGGAAUUCGUGUGCUGGUCUUCUUUGUUUUUCCUUUCCAUCAUAAUCAUCAUCAUCAACAGCCGCAACGGCCUUCAGUAAUGUGCGUCGCGUCGACAUCACACGCACCUUCUACAGUAUGAAACACUCCUCAUUUCUAUGAGACGUGUCUAUUUAUGUUUAUUUAUAUGUAUAGUUCAUUUGUUUUCUUGUGCUUUUCCCCAUGUAUAAUAGUAUGUAAUUAGCAUGUGAAAGGGAUGCUGAGUUUUUUAUUGAUUUGUACUUGGCCUGGAUCCAUUUAGGAAGUGAGUUUGUGUUUGUGUGUGUAUGUCUGCUGCGUGCAACUGAAUACCUGUUUGAAUGAAUAUGUAUAUGUGUACAUAUAUAGGUAUGUAUGGGCACGUGUGUGUUUGUUUCUCCUUAUGAUUUCAUGUGUUGAUAUCAAGGUUUCAUUGUUUCAGGUUUGUGACCUCAUUGUACAUUUGGUGGCUGUUGAAAACAUUAUUUGAUUUCAGUAGACACAGUAAUAACUCUAGAAGAGUAUUGCUCCACCCUGAGCUGACGAGACAUGCACACAUGCACAUAGGCACAUACACGUGCGCGCGCGUGCGCGCACACACACACACACAGACGUAUGC